AUGGCCGCUCAAAAUCGACAUCACCUUCCUUCUGCUUCCGAGCUCACGAUCGAUAUACGAGCUGUGCACGCCGGCGAAGGAACCAACAAGGUUGCCGGCGUUUCUGGCGUCGUGAAAGAAGUUGAAGGUAGCUCGCUGACAGAAUACCAAGCAGGAGACGAGGUGCUAGCUUCCAUUGUGCUUGAGCGCCGAGCUGGUCUCAUCACGUCCACGGAAACUGUCAAUGUUGAGACGUCCUUCGUCUGCCGCAAACCCGCUGGCGUUAGCUUCCAAGAUGCGGCUAGCUUGCCGACAGCACUCGUGGGGGUGCAGGCCGCUUUACACGAGCUGUGCAGUCGAGAAUCGCAAUGGGACUUGGACUCCGGCUCCCGUAAUGCGACACCCGCAAUCCUAAUCACUGGAAGCGAGACGCUGAUCGGCACCGUGCUGGUCAAAGUGCUUCAUGAGAGGUUGCCUCUCGCACACCGCUACAGCACCUGCAGUGGCCCGGAUGACGAUGGACUGGGCAAGCUCGUGUGUCGGCUAGUACCGCUAGGCGCCAUAUAUGCCAUCGAUGCAGAAGCGCUGGAACUGUUGAAGCAUCUGCGCGCUGCCUCGGAGCAAUAUAAUGGACCAGAAGGCAAGGGUGCGAUCAUCGAUGUUGUCGGACUCGUUGCUCGUCGACCUGAGCUGAGGGAUCUGUUGAUCGGGCAGAAGCUGUUUUUUGAUCUUGAAGUACAAUGUGCUGAGGAAAGGAGGCUAGAGCCGCUUUUGAAUGCGGUUAAGAAUCUGGCUGCUUAUGCUGAAGCGCUCGGUGAAGUGGCGGGAACUAUGCGCGGUGUGGACGACACUGUAGAGGAGGUGAUGUGA